GAUGUUUCGUCGCCAUUUUCUCUCAGUCAAAGCGAAAACUCGAUCUGGCCAAAAAAGUGAUUAGUUUGUUCAUUUUGCCCCUUGAAUAUUGGGACUCACACCUAUUUACCCCCACCAAACGUAUGUACAAUUUUCUCCAGUAAAGUUAGACAUUGAUGACUGCCUGUCAGAUUGUGCAUUAUGAAAACGGAUUCAGUACCCGAUGUUGUGGGGGAGCCCCCUAUCAAAAGAGCUAAAACUCUUGAUACAGAUGGUAAGGAAAGUGAAGAGCAGAAGGACACAACUCCAAAUGGGAUGGAACAAGGAAAUUCACCAGAUAUUCCAGAAAGUGGGACCGCUCCACUGAAGGAGGAGGAACAGGCCUCUGCAGACGUUGUGCCAAAAGAAACAGAGCUAGACUCCAGUCCAUCCAGUACUGUGAACACUGGCACCGAAAGCGCUGCUCCAUCAUCAAGUGCCCAGGCAUCAGACACUGUGCAGGAAAUGAACUCAGAGGGCGCUGUGGUGAAAGAAGGAGCAGAUGAGGAAGAGAUGGAGAUAGAUCCUGGUGCUGGUGGAGAUGGAGGGAUUGGUUUGGGAGCAGGGAUGGAGGAUCUGCUGGAAUGGAAGGAUGGGAUCGCGACCCUUCCUGGAAGUUCUAUGAAAUUUCGCAAAAAUGAAUUUGGUGCUCUUGACCUGAUCAUGGAUGACCUAGACUUGGACCUAGGAAUUCCCGGUCCAGCUGGAGAUGCAGACCAGCCGAAGGAUGAUGUAAAGAUAGAUCCUGAUGUCUCGGUAGACCAAGAACCCAUGGACCAGUCUGACCAACCGACAGAGGACCAAUGUAACAAGGACCAACCCUCAGAGGACCAAACCUUAGAUAGUUUGGAAACAACUGCUAAUGAGACUGGAAGCCAGCCAGUUAGUAGGGCCACAACACCUAGCCCUGGACCACCCGGAUCUGGAAACAGUCCAGGCUAUGCUGGAAGAGGGAGACCAAGAAAGAACAGUAUCCAGAAGGAGGAUACGUGUAUGUGUGAGCAGUGCGGUAAGAGGGGCCUCUCAGCAGACUUCUGUAAAUCUGGCAGAUUUUGUUCGCAGUCGUGUGUCGGGGCUUACGCCAGCAAACAAGGGGCUCUGAGGAAGAACUCCAUCAAAGAAGCGAUGAGUACGGCUGUCAGCAACGGAGGGCCCAAAAAGAAAGGACCAAAGAAGAAGAUGACUGUUGCUGCAUCAGGCAAGAUAUCUCCUUCAGCAAGAUUACAUGGUGAUCUGAAAAUGACAAUCAACAUGAAAUCUCCAGAUAAAAUUACCGGUAAAGGAAAAAAGAAAGUUUUCCAAUGGGGAGCAUACCUGGAAGAAGAGAAGGCUUCUCAAGCACCUAUAAAACUCUUUAAAACACCGUUUCCAACAGGAAAGAACCUCUUCAAGGUGGGCAUGAAACUAGAAGGCAUCGACCCCAAGCAUCCGUCUCUCUUCUGCGUCUUGACUGUCAUGGAGAUCCGUGGUUACAGGCUCCGGCUACAUUUUGAUGGGUAUUCCGAGUGCUACGAUUUCUGGGUGAAUGCGGACUCCCCGGACAUACUCCCGGCCGGUUGGUGCGAGAAGACUGGUCACAAACUUCUGCCACCGAAAGGUUUCCAGACUGAUUUCAGUUGGACAGCAUACUUAAAGAUGACCCGGUCUACAUCAGCACCAAGACAUCUAUUCAGUAACUAUGAAAAUGAGACCACGACCCCCCAAGGUUUCCGAAAGGGCAUGAAAUUGGAGGCAGUGGACCGGAAGAACCCGUCCCUCAUCUGCGUUGCCACGGUAACAGACAUCAUGGAUAACCGUUUCCUCAUCCAUUUUGAUGCGUGGGAGGACAUGUACGAUUACUGGUGCGAUGCCGCAUCACCUUAUAUUCAUCCCGUGGGAUGGUGUGAGGAGAAUGGUUUAGCGCUGACGCCGCCAAAUGACUAUCCUGAUCUAGAACAUUUCACCUGGUCUGAUUAUCUUGCCAAGUCAAAGUCAGUAGCUGUACCUACAAGAGCAUUCAAACCACGCCCACCAAUCCCCUUUCAAGUUGGUAUGAAAUUAGAAUGCGUUGACAAGAGGAACCCAUCACUCAUCCGAGCAGCCACUGUAGCAGAAGUAGAGGAUUACAGGAUGCUGGUUCAUUUUGAUGGCUGGGACACAGUCUAUGAUUUCUGGGUUGACGAUGAUAGCACAGAAAUCCAUCCGAUUGGUUGGUGUUCCAAGUCAGGCCACGCCCUGGUACCGCCCAUCCAUCUACAAAUUCCUGAUAACACUGGGCAAUCAGGCUGUCCUACCCCUGGUUGUAAUGGAGUUGGCCACAUCAAAGGGGCAAAGUACACAGGUCAUCAUAGUGCUUUUGGCUGCCCUUACUCUCAGAUGAAUAUGACCAAAGAGAAUACGCUACAUGACAGGCUGGCUCUGGAGAGGGGCGUAGGAGGGGUAACAAAGUCCCCCUCAUCACCAAUUAUACCAGAACCAAAGUGUCCAACCCCCGGUUGUGAUGGCAGUGGUCAUGUGACGGGCAAGUACACUGGUCAUCAUAAGCUGUCCGGAUGCCCUUUGGCAGAGAAGAACCAGAAUAAGAUGGUUCCUACCAAACAAUUGGUGACUCUCCAUAAGCAUAAUCAGAAGGGGCGCCCUGCGGUGGCUGGCAAAGGAAUGGGGCUUGGUAGAGGGAGAAAAAGGCAUAAAGGCACCGUUGAUCCAGGCAAGCAGAACAAGCCAGAGGGGCAAGAUGCACAAUCCAACCUGCAAUCUCAGCUCCAUCAGUCGGUCUUCAUGUCGGCCAUGUCACCCCAUCCUGCCAAAGAUCUUCCCCUCUGCUGGGAGCAACAUUCCAAGCUGUUACCGGGCGUGGCCAACCUCUCGGCAGCUACCGUUGCUAGGUGGACCAUGGAUGAAGUAGCCAGCUUUGUCCGGAAGCUGCCCGGCUGCCAGGAGCACGCAUCCAAGUUUGCUGAUGAGCAAAUUGAUGGUGAAGCGUUCCUCCUGCUUACCCAAAGCGAUAUCGUCAAGAUCAUGAGCAUCAAGCUGGGGCCGGCUCUCAAGAUCUACAAUGCAAUCCUUAUCCUAAAAAACUCAGAAGAAAGCUGAAAUAUGGUCCUGAGCUUACCCUGGAAUAAGCCACCCCUCGCCGAGUAAGUGAACACAGACUGCUGUGUAAAAUCAAUGUGACCCUCGUAGGGUUUAUAGACAGUGCAAAGCGAGUGCGAGGUUAACUGGUUGAUAGCACCAGUACCUCAUAUGCUGUGAAGAUGUCGGCACUAAACACAACUCAUGGUGACAAAGAACAUUGAGAGAUGCACCUUUUUUUCUUGAGGACGUAAGAAGAUUUGGAAGAACACUCAAACAACCACUUCGUGACUGCCAUGGGAAAUCUUGUUAUCUAGAUUUGAGGUUUGUGAGUUGCGAUAAGCUCGAUUAGUAUAGCAAAAGCUGGGUUAGUGUGGCAACACCGGUCAAAAAUAAUAAGUUAACACACCACUUUCAUCUGGUACGGCCCUGGUCAUUGGAUUCUGGCUUGCCCACGAGAGGUUAUUUACUUUCUCCACUCCCUGGGGAGUAUUCCAGCAAGACCUACCAAGCUUAAUUGCCGAGCAUACUACAUUGGUUUUUACAUCCUACUAGAAUGAAGUAUCCUUUUCGAUGGAGAUUGGCGUAUGGUAGAUUGAAAAAUCUUUCUCCACUCCUUGGGGAGUAUUCCAGCAAGACCUACCAAGCUUAAUUGCCGAGCAUACUGCAUUAGGUUUUACAUCCUACUAGAAUGAAGUACCCUUUUUCGAUGGAAAUUGGCAUAGAGUAGUUUGAAAACUUCCUCCGCUCCCUGGGGCAUAAUCCAGCAGGUGUUACCAAGCUCAAUUUUUGUUAGCAUAAUGUAUUAAAAUUGUCUCCGGCUAUCUGGCUAUCCAAUGAAAACCUGGGUGGAGAGUGGCAAAGAGCGGAUGGAUGUCUUGCCAAAGGAUGAUGCUGCAAUGAUAGAAAUAGAAUAGAAAACACGAACCUUUGAUUGCAAGUGAGAGCAGCUGCGAACACCCACCAGUAUAGUUCUCCAGCUUGAUCAAUAGUGUGAAGAUGGUGAGAUCAAUAGGUCCACACCCAUCCUGGAUAGGAACAAUACCAAAGGGAUCAGAGUUAACAAUUCAGUCUGAUGAGUUGCAAUUUUCAGUCUGUGAACCUGAUCAGAGUAUUACAAGGUUGGUGAAAUGUCAUCAUGUUGUUAACAAAUCGCAUUCAAGAGACUUCUCAUUUGGAAUAGUUUCAGUUUGAGAAACUUGUUGUAUCAUUACAUACUUGAUGAAUUACCAUCUAAUUUAUUCAAACGGAUUGUGAAAGGGAAGAGAGGGGAUUCGAAUUGUUUUUACCAUGAAGAAUUCGGCUGAAUGUAACGUUUUUAUUACAUAUUAUGCAAGAUGAUACCAGUGUUGAGAUUCAGCUUUCAUUUUGGGAACUCUUAUAAAUGCUGAUAUAUUUAAAAAUAUGCAGUAAAAUAGAAGAAUGGGGUAUCAGAAGACCAUUUCUUGAAGGUUAAAGGUCACUUGACAAUAGAGUGAAACAAUUUUUUUUAAUAUGUGCAAUUUUGAGAAGCGCCAUUGAUGAGGAAUCGUCAAUGAGUCGAUAUGUGCUUUGUGAAUUAACAGUGGCCGUUGUCCAGGAUAUGGCAGUACAUGUAACUAACAUGGAUAAAGGCCAAACUUCAACUUCAAGUACAUUUCAAUUUACUUCACUAUAAUACCUCGCACUGAUACACAGAAUGUUUUCAUCCCGGGAUGGCUUUGAUGCUGCUGAAAGGAAUUAUUCUGCAAGGUUUGAGGUUCAAACUGAAGAAUUCCAAAUUUCCUUCAAAUAUUGGAGAGAUGUGUAUAUCUCCAGAUCAACACAAGAUUGAACUUUCAUUUCCAUCUGUUCAAGAUUGAAAGAGACAAUAUUUUUUAAUGCUUGUAACUUAUAUAAAUGCUGCCGAGUGUCAACUUCAUGCAACUCUAUAAAGAAAAAGAACUUUAUUCUUUGUAACUGAACCUGUACUUGUAAUAUUUCGUGGAAGUAUAAUGAAACAAUUCCUGGAACUCUUUUUACGUAAAGUAAUAUUAAGUUAUUGCCCAAUGUAACUGCAUUAUUGUUGAUUCCUGUGCAAAGCCCAUUGAUUUUAAGAAUGCAGUAGUCAACAUGAAUCAGUUGUACCAUUUGACAUUGUGGUUACACAUCAUGUGUAUUUGUAUUUUCAUUGUACACAGUUGCAGGGAAGAAAAAAUGUAUUUGAUUUCUAUGAAAUCUUGAUUUUUGUUUACUUUAUUGGUCGAACCAAAGUACAUUUCUUGCCAAUGUGUAAUCAAAUGAAUAGAGUGCAUUGUAAUGCCCUCAAAGCUGAUGUAUGGUCAUUAAGAUGUUUGUAAAGUUACAAAUGUCUUCAUUCAAGACUGGAACAUGUUCUCAGAUGCUAAGUCAGCUACAUAGGGAUAUAUCAUUUAACACAAGAAAGGAUCACCAGUCCAUUACACCAGUACAUUAUGUAGCUUUAUUGAUUACUUUUGAUGACUUGUGCAUCACUAGAUUCAGGAAACCUCC